AUGUUGACCAAGAAGAAAGGAGAGUUGGUUAGCAGGUAUGUAGUCCUGACAACAAAGCAUCACGAAGCCUUCACAAACUGGCCAAGUCCUGUGUCUUGGAAGUGGAACUCUAAGGAUCUGGGGCCCCAUCGUGAUUUGGUUGGUGAGUUGGGAACAGCCAUCCGAAAUAGGAACAUAUGCUAUGGACUCUAUCACUUACUCUUAGAAUGGUUCCUUCCUCUCUACCUAUGUGAUAAGAAAAAUGGCUUCAAAACACAGCAUUUUGUCUGCGCAAAAACAAUGCCAGAGCUAUAUGACCUUGUUAGCAGGUACAAACCUGACUUGAUUUGGUCUGAUGGAGAGUGGGAAUGUCCUGAUACUUAUUGGAACUCUACAAAUGUUCUUGCUUGGCUCUACAAUGAUAGGCCAGUUAAGGAUGUGGUCAUAGUAAAUAACCUAUGGGGUCAUUACUGUCGCCAUGGAGGAUAUUACAACUGUCAAGAUAAAUUCAGGCCAGAGACCUUGCCAGAUCACAAGUGGGAGAUGUGCACCUCAACAGACAAGCUGUCCUGGGGCUAUCGUCACGACAUGGCAAUGGGUGACAUCACAAGUGAAUCUCGAAUCAUUUCGGAACUGAUUCAGACAGUAAGUUUGGGAGGCAACUAUCUUCUCAACAUUGGACCAACUAAAGAUGGACUGAUUGCUCCCAUCUUCCAAGAAAGGCUUCUUGCUGUUGGGGAGUGGCUGAGCAUCAGUGGGGAGGCUAUCUAUGCCUCCAAACCAUGGAGGGUACAAUCUGAAAAAAACACGACCUCUGUGUGGUAUACCUCAAAAGGAUCAGCUGUUUAUGCCAUUUUCCUGCACUGGCCAGAAGAUGGAAUCUUAAGCCUUAAAUCCCCCAUAACUACUUCGACUACAGAGUUGACCAAGCUGGGAAUCGAAAACGAUCUGAAGUGGUCCACAAAUCCAGAUAAAGGUCUCCUCACGUACCUGUCCCAGUUACCACCCUCUGCUCUUCCGACUGAGUUUGCUUGGACUGUAGAGCUGACAGGAGUGGAGUGACCACUGGAGUUCAACAAGAAAGGGACA